GGUACCGUCUUGUAACGUCAAGUGUGCGAACUGUCGUGAAAGCACAUCGACGCAGAAAGAAAUAAGCAGUGUCAUUAUUUUUCCUCCAGUUUGUAAAAUUUAAUGUCCUAUAAAUUACAUAUUUAAUUAUUUAUUCAGGGAUAAAAUCGUCUCGGUGCGCGAGAAGCACUUUGCUGCUUCUCGUGCUCGUUUAUUGUUAGUUAGCUUAGCUCGCUAGUUAGCUUAGCUUGUUAGCUGCUAACAGAAGUUAUCAACACAUUGCUAAGUAGAGAUCAAGUGUGAGAGUAAAGUGUUGUGAUUGUGUGAAAAUGUCUACAUUACAAAUGUUGAGAGCGUUGGUGGAUCAGCGACUAACUGCUGCCGUUGAAGAAAUAUUUGUAGUGUUCGAAAGAACGAUAGCAGAAUACGAGGCGGAACUUUCUAGAACAAAAGAGGAGAACAAACAACUACUGGACGCUGUUUUCAAGAAACAUCAAGUUGUGUUACACAGAACAGACCUCGAUGAAGACCAUCAUCUCUGUGAGCAGGAGGAGGAAACACAGUCCCCCCACAUUAAAGAGGAAGAAGAGGUACCACAGCUCCAACACAAUAAACAGGAAGCAGAGGAACCACAGUUCCCCCACAUACAUGAGGAAGAAGAGGUACCACAUUCCCAACACAUUAAAGCGGGAGGGGAGGAUCCCCAGUCCCCCCAUAUUAAAGACGAAGCAGCAGAACACAGCAUCAGUCAGGAGGGAGAUCAUAAUGAAGGACUGGUGGAGUUCCCAGUGACUGGUGUCCCUGUGAAGAGUGAAGAUGAUGAGGUCAAAGGUGAAAGUGAGGAGAAGAGAGAGGCGGAGCCUCCAAGCAGCAGCUCAACACAACACAUGACAACAGAAGCUGAUGGAGACCACUGUGGAGGAUCACAAGCAGACAAGCUCUUAGCUCCACUAUCAGAUAGUGAGGACACAACGUCACACUCUCCUGACACUGAUGAUGAAGACUCUAAAGAUGAUAAGACAUGUCACACUGACAACACUCACUUGAAAUGUUCUCACUGUGACAAAACCUUUAGUUACCAUUGUCGUCUGAAAACACACAUGAGAAUACACACUGGAGUUAAAUCUUUUUCCUGUUCAGUGUGUGGAACACGUUUUGUACACAAAGAAAACAUGAAAAGACACAUGAGAAUACACACUGGAGAGAAACCUUUUACUUGUUCAAUCUGUGGCUUAUCUUUUACAAGGAAGGAACAUAUGAAAGAUCACACAAGAACACACAAAGGAGAAAAACCUUUUUCCUGUUCAAUCUGUGGUUUAUCUUUUACAAGGAAGGAAAAUAUAAAAGAGCACACCAGAAUACACACUGGAGAAAAACCUUUUAGUUGUUCAAUCUGUGGCUUAUCUUUUACAUGGAAGGCCAGUUUGAAAGAUCACACAAGAACACACACUGGAGAAAAAACGUUUUCCUGUUCUGUUUGUGAUUCAAGCGUUGCACGAAGUCGAGAUCUGAAAAGACACAUGAGAACACACACUGGAGAAAAAGUGUUGAGUUGCAGUGUGUGUGAUGAAAGAUUCUCUCAUGAGUACCAACUUAACAAACACAAGUGUGCUGGUGAGAACAGCAGCAGUAAAAUAGAAAAGCGCCCCGCAGACCUCCACCAGGCCAAAUCUCCCAGUAGUAAAGAAUCCUUCAAAAGAAGGCUGAAUCCAAAUGAUGAUCGGGAUCAACACCAAAAUCUAAUCACUUGUUCCUUAUCCCAUUUCUGACAUGUCCUGAAAGUUUCAUUAGCGUCUGAAUAUACUUUUUUGUUAUGAUUCCAACUAAAUGACAAUCAAUCAAGCCCCAAAUCACUUUUAGUUACUUUUCAAUUACUUCAAUAUAAACAUGUAAAUAUGUUUCUUAGUUACACAUCCUGGAAAACAAUAUCCACACAACAGUUUACAUGUAUUAUUCAUUCUUACUAAUGUAUUUAGUUGUGUACUAACACAUCAAUUUGUACUUCUGCUAAUAUUUAAGAAGUGAUGAUGAUGUUAUGGUUCAGCGUGCCCCUUCACAGGCUUGCUGUCUCCAAAACAAGUCUCCACCAUGGUGGUGCCAGCGGUCCUACUACGUGUACUUGUACACUAUACAAUAUAAUUAUGCACAACUUUUGUAAGAUAUACAUUUUUGUUUGUACUAGCAAUUUGAAACCAGCGCUGUAUCCUUUGCAUGUGACCUUGUAGAAUAA